AGAGGCGAAGGAAUGCCCUCGCGGAGCCGCUCUGGUUGUCCAUUGGGGAGGGAAAUACACUCUGCACAUGCUCCCAGGGCAUGCUUUGUUAUCCCGCCGCUAAUUUCACGCCACGCUGUCCUAGACUGAAUCCUGGCACAAAGGAAAUGGAAGCGAUUGCAUCAUGGCAUCUGGACCAGUAGAUGUCCUAGAGCCACUUGAGGCUGAAGAAACAGGUGAGCAAUUUUCAAGCAAGAAAAAAUCCAAGUUUCAGACUUUCAAGAACUUCUUUGCCAAGAAGAAGAAGAAGAAAGAGCCUUCCUCACCGGGGGCAGAGAGCACGCUGAAACCGAGCCAGUCCAGUAGCGAUGUCAGCAGCACCCCUCACCUUGACUCCAGCAUGCUGCAUUUGCCGACAGAACCUGGAUCCAAAAGCAGCAUGGGAAAUAAAGCCUUAUCGCACGACAGUGUUUUCAUUUCUGAAUCAUCUCCAGAUACAGCUGGCAAAACAUCCUCACAGGAGAACCUUUCUGGGAAAGUGAAAGCUUUGCAGCUUCAGUUCCAACAUACUCUUCAACUGAGGUCUCCACCUCUGGUGAUUGCCAGCAAGAAAACAGAAGAUGCAGGUGCCAUUUCCGAAGAUGACGGCUUACCCAGAAGCCCUCCUGAAAUCUCCACUCUCCAUAAUGUUCUGACGUGUUCCACAAGUAAGUCCUCCAACCCCGUCCAGCGACAUAGCUCUUUGAGUUUAGGUGGGACAGACAGUGAAGAUGACCAGGUGCCCUCGGAAGCAUCCUCCAGGCCUGUUAGCCCACUCUCUUCCAGUGUCCUCAUGAGCCCCAUCUCACCAACGUGCCACUUGCUAUCUGUUGAUUUCAACACUCCAGCUACUCCGGUGGGCUGCCUGGACACCUCAGCAGCCAGGCACAAGAUUGCACUUAAUCCACGGAAGCAGAAAGCCUUUAACAACAGAACUCAGACUUUGGCUGUGGAAAAGCUGGAGAAGGAGCAGUGUCUUCUCAAAACUGCUGCAGGCAAAGCAAGCCAUCCAAAAUUACUUGAAGAUGCGAACCAUCCAGAAAAGGCUUGGGAAGGCUCAUCAAUCCAGAAUACAAAUCACUUAAAUGAGAGUCAAAUUAACAGCGCAGUGCCCAAGCCAAAGACCUCCAAUCCUUUGCGUUACUCUUGGAAUUUUCUCCCUGGUCCAGGUGGGAUUUGUAUCUCUACAUCAGAGGGCUGCGUUAUAGAGACGGAUUUCCAAGAUGACAACAUAGCAGUGCCCUGUCCGAAUGUAGAGACUUCACUUACAGAGACUGAACUAAAAAUGGAGGAGGAAGGAGUAAAAAUGUCUCGGUGUCAAGCUCAGUGUCAAACUGAUGGCCUCAAGCAAAAUCGGAAAGAAGAGUUUGAGAUUUCUGAACCUUUACAGACAGAAACAGAAACUGUAGUGCUUUGUGAUGUAUUACUUCCUGCCUUGCACAGUAACGGCAGGGAGAAGGACUUUGAUUCGCCAGCACAACGUAUCCAUGCGCAGUGCCCAAAACAUGUAGAUCAAAAAGCAAAAGGCUUUGGGAAUGGCAGCAAUGCAACAGCACAAGUAAGGCCUGACGGUGGAUGCAGUUGUGUUGCCCUUGGAUUGGAUUCUCAGUUGUACAUUCCACAGUUUUCUCCAUCUGCUUCAGAGACUCCCUCAGAAGUGGGGAAGUCCAUAGUCCCAUCGCUUGAAAAGAGCCCAUCCAUCAAAGAUGAUGCAGCAGAUCUGGAAUCUCAGUCUUUGGCAGACUGCCUGAAGCCAACAGUGUCCCCGCAGGAAGAAUUGGCCAUGUUGGACAUCAGUUUAGACAGCACAAAGGAUGAAAAGCUGUGUUUCCCAGCAGAACUUUGCUGCUCUGCUCUGAACAACGCUCUGGGCAGUCAAGAGACAGAGCUCCUCAAAAAAGCAUGUGACUCUACUGUGAAAGACGAAAUAAGCUGUAGAUAUUCUGAGGUUGCUUCUGAAAGCACUCCUCCUAAUGAGGAUGCCAGAGAAGAUCCAUCAGAUGGUAUGAAAGUAAAAGAAGAAAGCAAAUCAUCAGACGAGGUUGUCAAGAUCCAGCUAAAGUCCAGUUCUACUAAACCCGUCAGGUUCACCAUUGCACCUGCCUGGCAAAGGUCUCUCUCUGGGGGUUCAAAUUCCUUAGAUGGUUCGUGCCCUAGAAGCUCCCCAUCCUCACCAGUAAAAUCAGAGUUCUUUGAAGGAAUACCAGAUACAGCCACACCAGGAUGUACCCCAAACAGCCUGGAAAGGUUCAGUGGAAAUAAUAGAAAUGCUGCUGCCAUGGAGGGGACGAAGGAGGAGCCACAGAGCCGUGAGCGCCCAUUUGGAAUUAAGCUGAGAAGAACAUCCUCAUUGCUAAAAUAUCAAACUGAACAGCAACAUCGUGAGCUCCCAAAGCCAGGUCCACCAGCUGCUUCAAAUAUCUCCUCUGCCAAGGAUGAGCCAAAGUUGCCUGAGCUCAGGAAGGCGCCACAAGAUCUUAGCAGCAGUGCUAAAUCAUUGGUGAUGAAAUCCAGCUUCCAGGAAGAGAAAAAUGCCAGCAAGCCUAAAUCAGAAGAAGAGACAGCCAAGCAGCAGACGAGCAGACUUCCAGAGAAAAUUCCACCGACCUAUUUGGAAACUCGGUCCUCUGAACCAGCUUGGAUAUCAAUGGCAAAACUCAAGCAGAGGGGCUUCCAGGAUCUCCCUUUUUCCAAAGAACCAAAAAAUGAAGAGAACGCCUUGGCCCAAGCUGAGCCAGGGGAGGAGAAGAAUGUGGGUAAUUCGAAGCUCGAAAAGCAACCAGAUGCUCCUAGUGAGAACUUGCUAAAAAACAGCAGCACUCCUACUGCAUGUGCCCGUGAGAAUAAAGUACAACAGGAGAUGCCCGCAUCCUCUCCAACUGCACCAAUCAGAAUGGUCCCUCAGGAAACUGCUUGUGUGGAAAAGGAAAAGAGGGCAUUGCCGAGCCUGCCAAUAUCCACGUGCAGCCCUGCAGAACCACCCUGGCUGUCUCUGGCCAAGAAAAAGGCUAAAGCAUGGAGCGAAAUGCCUCAGAUGGUUCAGUAGCAAAGCUCUUCCAGAGGUGUGGUCCACACUACCAAUAGCUGUAUUAAUAGCAUUUAAUAAUGUGUCCACUGUGAGCAUUUUUAGUGGUUUGAAAGGAAAGGAUGGGAGAGUCAGGGAAGGCGCCUUUGAACUUGAAGACGAAGUUUCAACAAAGUGUUUAAGCUGCGGCAGCCAUUAGUAUUAAUACACUGAGUGCUUUUCACUGUAAGACAUUAAAUGCUCCAGGAAACUUUGCUCACGCUUUCUAUGAAUAUUUGGGGUGGUCAAAGACUGUGACAAGAACCUUCCGCUUUUCCCUGCAAAAAGAAGCUUAAUCUGCAUCUAAAACAGUAUUUCUGCACGGUGGAAGGCACAGCCUGGGAGAUCUGCAGGGGGGUUCUGCAUCUCCCUCCCUUUGUGUUGCCAUUGGGUCUCUGGCGGCUGAAGGCGAGACUGGUUGGUUGGGGGUGGCUCUUCUUUUAAAUUGGAGCAACAGUGAAGAUGAUGCCAUGGCAGGUAGCUGCCAUUCAUACGUCAGGUGCUUAUGACCAAACACACCUCUUCUUUCUCUCCUGUUGUACAGGAGACGGCAGUGCCGUGGGCAGCCUUGUGCCAGUUCAUCCAGAAGCUUCCAGGCUUUAAGUCAGUCCAAGGAGCUAAUUGUAUAAAAAGGGGAGGAGUUGCUACAGCAACAACUUGUAGUAAUUUCACUCGUGCCCCUUUUUGCUACUUUUGCUAACUUAGAACCCAAAAAUGGCCGGGCAGUCAAAUGCACAAUAGGAUUCUUUCUCUUUUUAUAGCCCUGUCCAGCCGUGCAGGUGUGAUUGUACCUGUGCAGAUGGUUGGAUGGCGGCACCCCUUUAAACAAUGUGCAUGCGUGAGCUGUGCAUGAUUUUCUCCCACGAAACAUCAUGAGUUCCUCUGUGUAUUGCUUGUCUUAGUCAUUCAUCAUUUAAAAAGAACAUCAGGCUCAGAGUCGUGAUGGUUGGCCAGUACUAUCUAAAGAUCUUCACAUGCAGCUGGUUGUGUGGGCUGUGCAGUAUAAAUGUCAGAGCAGUUAUAAAUCCCAUAGAUGUUAUAUGAUGUGCUAGCUGAGCGCCCCAGUCCUGGACAAGUGCUGCAGCUCCACCAAUGUUUUUUGCAUCUUGUACCCUCACCAUUGACCAAAGUGAUGAAGGGUGAGGAUUCUGUUUCCUACAUGGAAAACUUCUGUUUUAUUGUCAAGGCCUGGCCAGCCAGACUACGCUCUCAGAUUUGGAAGAUACCCAAAGAGAGGUAUAAAAUCCACUGUUGCCUGUAACCCAGUGGACUUCACUGGGAACGGGGAACUGUACAGACAUGUUCUAGCACUAAAGGCCCUGGAGUUCAUCCACUGUGAAAAGAACACCCCACCCCCCGGUGCUGAAGGGAUGCUGGAAGCCUUUCUUUGAUUUGUCUCUCUUUGGGUAUCCUUUGAACCUGAGAGCAGUCUUGGUGGCCUAGCCUCUGGAAAGUUAGAAAACUUCACCAUGCAACUUUUCUUACUUGAAUCUCCCUCCCCCUCAUUGCUCCAGCACUCCGCGGUUCCUAAUGGCCUUUUGAUCCCUAAUCUAAGGAAGCAGCAGUGCCAUUCUAACUUGGAAAUCACCCCAGCUGGUGCUGUGCAAGUCUUCCAUCGGCAUAACUUAAUCUGGAUUGCUGUCCUAACUCUUAAUCCCCUUUGGCUCUGCAAAGGACACCAAAAGCAGUGCAUUCCUUUAUAUAUAUAUAUAUAUUUGUCUCUAAAUACCUUUUAAACGUAUAGUAUGUAUAUACGUUUUUGUAAUCCUCACAUUUCAGUAACCCCCUUUUUGUAUUUCGCUCCCGUAUUUUGUUUACU